CACUUCCGUCACUCGUUAGUUUCGGUGUUAAACCUCCGCGAGCGCGAGUCAAUCACGCGUCCGUCACUCGUCUCCCGCUCGCGCUCAAACGGAGCGCGUGACGUCACCGCAGCGAGGGGCUCCGGUUCUCAGGUGUAUCCCGUUCCUGUCUCUCUCUCCGGCGGUCGGUCGGUCGGUCUUGGGCUCGCACCGGGAAUAACGCGGCGGACCGCGCGUCUCCAGCGACAUGGGAAAGACUCGCGCGCUGCUCCUGCUGUGCGCCGCUGUCGCUCUAUGCCACUGCAGGUCAGUGACUGUGUCCAGGGGUCCUCUGCUCCGGGUCGAGGGCCAGCCGCUGUCCAUCCGCUGUGAUGUAUCGGAGUACGAGGGCCCACAGGAGCAGGAAUUUGAAUGGAAAGUAAAACGAGGAUCAGAAUUCAUCAAUGUGAUCUCAACAUUUGAUAAUCGUUACACAGACCGCUCUCUUCAGGACCGUAUACAGAGUGGAGACAUCACUGUGUCACGACUAGCUAAUAACGCCGCUGAGCUGAAGAUUCAAGAGGCUCGAGUUAGUGACAGCGCCACCUACCGCUGCAUUACUCCGAGCACAGACUCGGUCUUCAGUGGAAACUAUGAGGCAGACGUCCAGCUGCAAGUUAUUCCCAACAGUCUGAUUGUGGCUCCCGAUGCCCCAAGCCCUGUGGUUCAUGAGGGCGGAUCCGUCAGACUCCUGUGCAAUAUCUCCCGUAACUUCAUGGAGGGAAUUUACCUGUCUCUUACCUGGUCAGUGAAGAAGGGCUCAUCUCAGCUGGAGGACCUGCUGAGCUUUGGUCCAGAUUUGGGUGUGACGGUUGGCAACAAUUACAUGCUGCGCUACACAGAUGGCGGGAUGAGGCUAGAAAUGGGGAACGGCGUCUCGCACAGUCUUGUGCUCUCCGCAGCGACGCCGGCGGAUCACGGCAUGUACAUGUGCACGGCCAGACUGUGGACGAGAGAGCAGGGAGCCUGGAACCGUAUUCAGGAGAAGACCAUGGAGAUGGGAGAAGUGACUGUCACCCCCGACGGCUCCUUCAGUGUCCAGGUUCAGGACGACAGCACAUUGUCCACAGGAGAGUCGCUGCUCCUCACCUGUUCUGUGUCCGCUGAAGCCUCGGUGGAUCUGGAGGUGACGUGGCUGAUGAACGGCACGCGGGUUGUGGCCCGUCUGAGUCGUGACGGCGUGCUGACCAAUGCAUCUAAUGCAGUGGACGUGAGGCGGCUGGGAAAGUGGGAUUUCCAGCUCAAGGUUCACGGUGUGGAUCUGUCUGAUGCGGGACUCUAUGCGUGUAAAGCGAGUGCAUGGGUUCAGCGCUACGGUGGACGAUGGGACCGGGCCGCGGAGAAGGCUUCGGACCCCGUACGUGUUCACGUUAUUAAGCAAAAUCCAGAGUACACUGUUGUUCUGAACUCAUCUGUGAACGCAAAGAUGUCUGGCGACCCGACGGAGCUGGAAUGCAAAGUCACAAAUAUGUCGAACCUUCGUAGCGGGCGGCUGGGAGUGUCGUGGCUGUACAGAGGCGUUCAGCCCGGAGACGUCCCGUUAUCCACUCACACCAUCGCCUCUCUGGAUGAGAACGGGAACCUGGUGGCAGGCAAGACGUACAAGAGCCGCGUGGAGGCGGGGCUUAUUACAGUGACCCGAGCAGAACCUUCUGUGUUCAAGCUCCGCCUCCUUCACACGACGGACACCGACGCCGGUGAAUACACUUGUGCUGUAACCGCAUGGGUGCCGUCUCGACAUGGGAACUGGAAAAAGGCUGCCGAGCAUGUGUCCUCAGCGCUGAAAGUCAGCUUUGCUAACAAGCGUCCUGUACUCAGUGUCGUGGCCCGGCGUCUCCGUGAAGCUUCAGCUGCCGGCUCCAGGUUUGAGAUGAGCUGCCAGACUCACGUCCAGAACAUCCCGCCGGGAGCCGCCUUCUCCAUCCUCGUCUUGUCCGAGGAGGCCAUCGGGUCGUCCAGCCGCAAACUGGCGUCUCUGAGCCUCGAGAUGGUCCUGCAGCUGGAGGAAGACCGGGACCUGAUGCUGGUGAAGAGCGGGAAGAGGGAGUUCCAGUUCUGGAUGCCGGCGGUGCGAGAGACCGAUCGAGGCUUUUACUGGUGUGAGAUGAAGGCCUGGACGAAGCAGAGCGGGGAAGACUGGGUGGAGAUGGCCAAAGGAGUGUCCAAUAAGGUUCAGAUCGAUUUCAUACACAAAGGUCCCACGUUUGAUGUGUCCAUCAGUUCAGACACAACGAGUGUGUUCCCCUGGGAAACUGUGAAGAUGGAGUGUGAUGUCAGUGUUAGCGGCACGUCUCCGACUACAGAUGAUGUAGCGUACGAGAUGAAGUGGUUUCUGAGUCGUCUGAAGGGUUCAAACAGCCCGUCCCUGCUAGCCAGUAUGGACCGCUGGGGUGUUGUGCACAAGGCUCCUCGCAACGACAGCAGCGACUGCAGCCUGGAGCGCCUGGGACCCCGAAGAUUCGUCCUGAACGUCCACAGCACACAGGACAGUGACGCUGGUGACUAUUACUGCACCGCAACACCCUGGAUCCGCUCGACCGCCACCAGGGUCUGGAGCAAAACGCCGGAAAUCCUCUCACAGAAAGUCUUUCUUAGUGUCAAGUUUGCAUUGUGGGACUCGAUGAAGAUGCCUUUGCUGUACGGCGUCUGUGCUUCGGUGACUGUAGGCAUCGUUUCUCUCGUCCUGGGCCUGGUCUGUGCUCACUGCUGCUGUAAAACCACUACACCUACCCCACGCUCUCGCGACAAACUCAUGGAGCUGGAGAUGGAUUGACAAAGACAGUACAGUUGUCCCCUGCCGAACUGGACGGCGUGGUGACAACUGAUGAACACUGGGACGCGUCCCUGAUUUUAUGCACCACCUGGAAGGAGAAACUACAAUCUCAGAGGAAAAAACUGCUGGAUUAGAGUCAACGACUAGGGCGAAAUACUCAAAAAUUGCACUAACCACAUUCUUAUAUCAGAUGGGUACACGAUUUGUUGGAUUAAUGAACGUUUCGUCAUUGAAACAGGAAGAGAUACCUGACAAGAUCCGAGCAGGAUUUGACAGAUUGAAGGAUUAUAUUACUCUACAUCAAGCUCCAAAGAGAUCGUCUGCUUCCAGAUCAGGGUUUAAAGACACUCGUUUCUACCAUGAUUCUUCUGAGUUUGGUGCUACUCUCUUUUUGCAAGACACGGGAGGAGCUGAACCCAUGUCACAAUGUGAAAGAUGGUGUUUUAUCUGUGAUUCUGUGUUGUAAUGUAUGUACCGUUCAGUUUUGUUCUCUUACCCAUCCAGAGUUUACCAGCUCUGACCAACCCAUCUCUCUAAAAGCGAACUAGUCAACCAUUACCAGCUGGUUGACUGCAAUGCGAUGGGCGGUCACACUAGAUAUGAUGAGUAUAUGAUGUUUUUAAAAAAAAUGUUUUUUAGUAUUUUUUUAAUAAAUAAUAAAUUUCUAAUAUUAAAAUAUAUCAUCUUCUCCUGUUUCCAGUGGCAAUACAACCCAUGUACUGGGUUAACACAUCUGUUUAGCUAGCUAGUAACACCCCAGAACAACCUUCAAGAACUCCAGAAUUGAUCAGCAAUUCUGCAGCAAUAACUUUUAAAAUGUUACAACUAUCUAGCAAGAUUGGAGCAGUCGUGCCCUAACGGUUAGCGAGUCAGACUUGUAACCCUUGUAACACAUGUCACUUCACUUCAUUUUUUAGGAAACACUUUGACCAUAAUAGCCACCAACCAAAGUACCAUGAAAAUUGAAUACUAUAGCAAACAAGUGCAUCAUAGCAACAGCUUUAACAGCUUUUUUAACAGAAUUAGCUUCAAGAUUUAUAAAAACAACCUGGAUAGAAACACCAUUGCAACAACCUACCAACAAUCUACUGUAGCAAAGACCAGAACAUCCUAAAACCACCUUGAACAUUGUAACAACCACCUAGAACACCAAAGCAAUUGCAUAAAUAGACCCUAGCAACCUCCUACAACAAUCUAAUGUAGCAAAGACCAAGAGCAUCCUAGCAACUACAUAGAAAUGCCCUAGCAACUACCUAAAACUUAAACAUACGCCAAGAGCAUCCUAGCAACUACAUAGAAAUGCCCUAGCAACUACCUAAAACUUAAACAUACGCCAAGAGCAUCCUAGCAACUACAUAGAAAUGCCCUAGCAACUACCUAAAACUUAAACAUACGCCAAGAGCAUCCUAGCAACUACAAAGCAAUGCCCUAGCAACUAGCUAAAACUUAAACAUACGCCAAGAGCAUCCUAGCAACUACAUAGAAAUGUCCUAGCAACUACCUAAAACUUAAACAUACGCCAAGAGCAUCCUAGCAACUACAAAGCAAUGCCCUAGCAACUAGCUAAAACUUAAACAUACGCUAAGAGCAUCCUAGCAACUACAUAGAAAUGCCCUAGCAACUAGCUAAAACUUAGACAUACGCCAAGAGCAUCCUAGCAACUACAUAGAAAUGCCCUAGCAACUAGCUAAAACUUAAACAUACGCCAAGAGCAUCCUAGCAACUACAAAGCAAUGCCCUAGCAACUAGCUAAAACUUAAACAUACGCCAAGAGCAUCCUAGCAACUACAAAGAAAUGCCCUAGCAACUACCUAAAACUUAAACAUACGCCAAGAGCAUCCUAGCAACUACAAAGAAAUGCCCUAGCAACUAGCUAAAACUUAAACAUACGCCAAGAGCAUCCUAGCAACUACAAAGCAAUGCCCUAGCAACUAGCUAAAACUUAAACAUACGCCAAGAGCAUCCUAGCAACUACAUAGAAAUGCCCUAGCAACUAGCUAAAACUUAAACAUACGCCAAGAGCAUCCUAGCAACUACAUAGAAAUGCCCUAGCAACUAGCUAAAACUUAAACAUACGCCAAGAGCAUCCUAGCAACUACAUAGAAAUGCCCUAGCAACUAGCUAAAACGUAAACAUACGCCAAGAGCAUCCUAGCAACUACAAAGAAAUGCCCUAGCAACUACCUAAAACGUAAACAUACGCCAAGAGCAUCCUAGCAACUACAUAGAAAUGCCCUAGCAACUACCUAAAACGUAAACACACGCCAAGAGCAUCCUAGCAACUACAUAGAAAUGCCCUAGCAACUACCUAAAACUUAAACAUACACCAAGAGCAUCCCAGAAACUACAAAGCAAUGCCCUAGCAACUAUGAGGUCACUGAGGUCUGGACUAUCCAUCCCUAACUCUAUAGUAAAGUAUUAAUAUGGUAUCUUUUAACAGUGUUCAUCCUUCCAAAACAGAAAACAUAUUUCCCAAACAUCUACAUCCUUGUCUCUUUUAAAGUGUUCAGCGUAUAGAAUAACCCAUUUUGAACUUUGGUAGAGAGAGGAAGAUGAAAGUCCUAGGCUAAUUCCCACACACCCCCCGCGAUCACAUGAGUAUGAAUGAAAGUGAUAGUGUCUAGUGUGGCCGCCCCUCGAUUGGAUGAAAUAUCGACUCAUUGACUCCUACAGACGGGUCACAUGGAGGUCAGGGUUUGCUUGGGUUGAAUCUGUGCCUUGGGCCUGGUCUUGAAGCUCCGCUAACAGCUCGGCCCUCCGUUCUUCACCUCCACCGUCACAUCACGGAGCAAAUAGAGCUGAAACUCAAUACUGUGCAUUAGGGCCAAGAGACCCCCAGAACAAGCACAUUCCUCUUCAGUGACGCCUCAAGGGCAUCGGCUGACCCUCUUCUGCAUUGUCUGCAUCUGAGGGUCUUUGUCUCCACUCCUGAAGCUAUGGGCUAACAGUGCUGAAAAAAAAAAAAAAAAAAAAAAAAUUCUCCUGUGAAUCUUCCAUAUGGAAGA